AUGGCUACUUUAAUUCAAGCAACAUGUUUUAUGUUUCUAUUAGGAAUGGUUUGUAGUUGGCCAUUUCCAAUAAUAUUCGAACGACGUCUUCCAGUAACUUAUUUUCAUUCAAGUGUUGAAGAAGGUGCAUCACCUUUAUCAUCAUCAUCAAUAUUAGAGGAAAUGAAUAAAAUGAUGACAGCUAUGCAUGAACGUUUUGAUAAAUUGUUUCAUUCACCAACAUAUCCUUUUGAUAAUGCUGUUGAUGCUGAUGCUGAUACUGAUGCUGAUGAUAAUAAUGAUUAUGAUUUAUCAGGUAAUGAAGAUCAAUUAGAAUCAAUUGAUAAAGUAAUACUUAAUGAACAAAAAGUACAUGUUAUUGAUGAUUUAAAUGAAAUUAGAAAGAAAUUAGAUGCUGUUGAACCUGUUUGCACAACAAUUACAAAUACACCAACAACAAUUUCACCAAGAAAAAGUCGACGAAAGAAACUUCCCGCAACACAUACAACAACAUGUAUUAGAGAAUUUAUUUAUAAUGGACAAACACAUAUGUCAGAAGAGACAGAUACAACUGAUGAUAAAGUACUCUUAUGUUUUGAAAUUUUGACAGCACCAUAUGCUGAAGCUGGCCUAGCAGCUUAUGGUAUAUGUCAAGCUGGUUGUUGUGCACUUGCUGUUGCUUGUUAUGGAGCGGCUGGUGCUGCUUUUGGAAAAUGUUCAGCAGCGUGUGUUGCUGCCGGUUGUGCACCAACACCAUAA